UGUUUUGCGUCAGCUAACGACAAACACAUAAAUUUGACAUCACCUAAGGAUAUGUAUGUUGUUCGAGCUACUGUAUAUCAAGUAGGAAUUUUAACUAACAAAACAAAAGAUUCGGACUUGAAUAAGACUGGUGAACAAGAAUCGAUAACAUUAUAUCAGAACAAAGGUACUGGAAUAAAUCUUAAUAAUAUACCUGCACCCCUGGUGACCAAUGUGACUGCUGAGAAUAUAAUGGGAGUUGCUCCAGCCAAUGCACCGUUCCCACUUAAUAUGAGCCUACUUGGUAAUAAGGAGGCAGCUUUACAAAGAAUACCCCGGGAAGUGGUUAUACCAGCCAACAUCACGAAGGCUUCACUCUUUAUUCCAGCGGCUGCUGGGGUCCAGUCAAUCUCUCUUCCACCACUUCUAUCCUUCAAUAAUAAUAUUUCCAAAAUACCUGUACCUCUCCCCAAUGUAUCUGUUGUGAGCUACACAAAAGCCAGUACUCUUGUUAAAAAACCUUAAUGGGUAUUAACCGCAUAUCUAGAGUAGUUGCAGAAAUAAAUAGGAAUAUGUAUAUUCAUAUCUCUCGCUGAAUUCGACUGUAGAUUUAUUUAAGAUUCAUUUCGAAAUUAAACCACGCAAGUUGUAAGAGAAAUGUAACUCAAAGUAAUAAUAAAUAAAAUAUGUUUUACAAAUUGAAA